AUGGCCGCCGCAACGUGGAUGUUGGUGAGAGCGUCGGCAAGGGCUACGUUACUUGGCUCUCGCGGCAAAAUAUCCCAUCUAAGGACACUUCCUAAUGCUCUUAGGACCUUAAGAGUAAGUUGACCGUCUCCGUUGCCUUUUAGCAGAAGUGCAAGCCCUAAUUUACGCGUAAAAUUUCGUUGCAGUUGUAUUCGACGACAGAUGCCGGAGGAAUCCCUGAACAUGAAUUUCAAGACAAACCGAGAUUUCCUGGCGCUACGAAUUCCUGUUAUACCGAAAAAAUGGAUUUUGUUAAUCCCGAUGAUGGUCAAACGAUUCCUGUUUAUCGAGUCAUGGAUCGUAACGGAAAUGUUUUCGACGAAUCACACGAUCCUAAGGUAGAAUACCAGUGGGAGUGUUGGGGGCUUGGCCUGUCCCCUAAAAAUUUAAAUAAUGUAUUGAACAUACUAUUUUCCAAUAAACAACCAUUAUUUUUCGGUAAAAUCGGAAUUUUAUAAAGGAAUUUAAACUUCAGCGUAUUUUGGUCAGGGUGAUAAUAGGGAAUCAAUUGAUUAUAUGUGGUGUUAUUCAGUGCUAUUAUUAGUUUUGGUAAGAAGUUUGGAACAUUCAGUUUAGGAAAAUUUAAUUUAAACCAAGGAGAAAGAAAUGAACCACAGCAUGUACAAGCUUGACCAGGGAGUAAAAAUCAGGAUUACCGAGAAGAAAAUAAUCAAAGUAGUGGUCAUGGCUGAACUUGAUCUCAGGCCUAUUGCAGGUCUUGUGCUAUGAUUUGUCAAGGCUCACCCAGGUGCGGAUCUUGAAUAGAUGCCGACUGAUUUUCUGAGGCGCUGAAAGCCCAAGCUUCUAGCGGGGUCUGGGGGCAUGUUCCUCAGGGAAAUUUUUGGAAUUUUAACUCCCCAAAGACUCGUUUCUAGGGUUUCAGAGUCAUUCAGACUGGGUACUUAUUGAUUGUUCAAACCAUGUUCCAGUUUUCAACUCAUGAAGCUUUGUCUUUUUGCUAUAAAUGGAUUAAUUCUAUUAUGAAAAAUCUGACCAAUUUCGGUAAAACAGUGGAAACCGGUAUGGAUCUGCCUGCCACCAAAUAGGCCCACCUCCUUUUAUGUGGGAAGGGUAGGGAUAGAGAUGGACAGAUGUGUUGUUUGGUGUGACUUUUCAGUGUACAGUAAACAUAAAUUAUUAAUUUUUUUAUAUGUAUUUUAGUAUUUUUCUAUCAUUUUAUUUCCUACCUGUGCCAGCUGGACAAAGAGAUAAUACAAGAUAUGUACAAGAAGAUGACCUUAUUAAAUACAAUGGACCGUAUUCUAUAUGAGUCACAGCGACAAGUAAGACUUACAGUGUGUCAAGUAAAUUUUAGUAAACUUCCAGUAAAAAGUAUAAUUGAAUCUCCACUAUUAAAGAAGCCACCCUUUGGGGAACCGGUAAGUGGUAAACUUAGCAGGUAAAGGACCAUUCUUGACCAGUAAGGCCUUGCGGAAGUUGCAAACGUUUCCUGCUGGUCGAGAAAGUCUGGAAUUGGGACAGAAGCCCAUGAAAAAAUUGUUCGUCUGCAGUGCUUCGAAAGGAACCAGUCAGCAUUUUUAAAAAUAAAGUGAUCAGAGAGAAUAGCUGUGUAUACUUUUUGUUUUUCCAUAUUUACUUCCUUUUCUUUUGAGGUUUGGCUUGGAACACAACUUACGUAUUUUUUGAAACAAAUUUUUACCAGUAAUUUUAGUAACACUUCAAGCAGUUGCAGGCGGUAAGAAGUGUUGCUUCAAGAGGUGAAUUUUACUGGUUACCACCUGAUAAGGAGAACACUGCACUUAUUGGGUAGCUGCUUAAUGGAGGUUUAAUUGUAAUUAAACCUUCUACUCCAAAACUGAUAAAUUUAAACCAUCUAAUUUCAUAUUAAAAGAGGUUCCUUACAGAUAAAAAAUUUUAUAAUGCAGCACAAGCGUUUACUACACCUUGGUUAAAAAAUUAUAGCUCACAAAAUUCCGGAAACCAUUUCUUUCAGCUGAGUGUGUAAAAACAUUUCCUUAAAUAUCAUUUAGGGACGGAUAUCAUUUUAUAUGACCAGCUACGGUGAAGAAGCUACUCACUUCGGUAGUGCUGCUGCUCUAUCACCUGAGGAUGUAGUACUUGGUCAGUACCGUGAAGCGGGUGUGUUGAUGUGGAGAGGAUUCUCUUUAGAUGAUUUCAUGAACCAGUGUUAUGCUAAUCAGAAUGACAAUGGAAAGGGACGACAAAUGCCUGUUCAUUAUGGCUCUACAGAACUCAACUUUGUCACUAUUUCAUCAACCCUUGCUACUCAAAUGCCACAAGGUUAGACAAGUUUUUAAAAAUACUAUCCUUUUAGUAUCUUUUACAAUGAUAUUAACAGGGAUGUCACUAAGAUGUCAAGUUGCCGGGUAAGUGCAGCAAGGAGGCAGGGAAUAAAAUAGCUAGGGAUUUCUUGUUGUUCUAUUUUUCUUCUCUUUUCCUACAAAAGUAGCCGGGAACCAUGUUCAUAGUAGCGGGGUGAAAUCCCCGGCCCCCGCCUCUUAAUGACAGCCCUGUAUUAAUUUUAUUAUAAUAGGUAAUUUCAAACAUUUCACCGUUUGUUUUUGUCAGGAAAAUUCCAAUAAUAAAGACAUAGAGGUAGUGUUAAUGAAGAAAGUUUGCUGUCAAGCUGAGAUCCACAACAGUUAUUUAAUUUUGAUGACUUAUGUUCUCUCAAAAUACAAUAACUCUCAAACAAAGAAAGUUUUAAAAAAUCUAGUAGGCCCUACAUCAAUAAUCCUGUACCUUUUUCAAUGAUUAUUAAUUUUAUAAAAAAAUUAGAUAAAGGAUAUCAGUGACAAAGCAUCUUGUGAUUCUUACGUUGCAGCAUCUGGCUAUGCCUAUGCAAUAAAAAGAGCAGGCACUGGAAACUGUGUCAUCUGUUACUUUGGUGAAGGAGCAGCCAGUGAAGGAGAUGCUCAUGCUGCACUUAAUUUCGCAGCAACUUUGGAAGCUCCCGCUAUUUUCUUCUGGUAAAAAGGCAUCUGUAGAAACACUUAGCUUUUUAUUCAUUAAAAGUUCUUGUGACUUUUUUUGGUGUAGUCUGAAAUGUCAGCCAACGGGAGCAAAGAGAUGGCUGACAUUUCAGACAAUUAUUACUGUUGGUAGAGUAUACCAAGCUUUUUUUUAUCGUGACCCAAGCAAAAAUAAUCCACAAUAAUUAGACCAUUUUUUAUUUUCCAAAAACCCUCACUUUCAAAAUGAGGUUAAGUGCUCAGAAAUGACCUGUUAAUUUCAUAUAAAAUUAUAAAAGCAAUCUUCAUCACUGGAACUUACAUUACAGAAUAAGAAUGGAAUAACUGAGAACAAGUCACCUUUAGAAAUGUAUCAUCUCAAGAGUCCCCACACACUAUCCCCUUCCCUCGCAGAUAUCAGUACCUGUCUUACCGUAUUUAUUUGAUUAACCACCCUGGGCGCUUAUUAAAUUUUUGGACCUUGAGAGUGGGUGCUUAUUCGAGGUGGGCGCUUAUUAAAUUUCACCAUUUUCAGCAAGUGAAGUAUGUUUAUUUUGCAACAAAACAAUAAAUGCUAAUAACAAAACGUGUAGCCUGAAAUUCAUCCGAUUGCUUCGAGUCGUUUUCUCCUCUCAACAACGUCUGAAUCGACCGGCCGUUAAUGCCGUCCAGUGACGUCACUCACUACCCGAAAACCGGGUAGUGAUUUUGAUUGGUUGAUUGUCUAAACAUUCGCAUAAUUGUGUAUAAUUAUGAAAAAUUUUACCGGGAUUGUCGCUUGAUAUUCAGCGGAUCGCAUCCCUGGCAUUCUUUCGUUUCGUUCAAACAUUUCGAUAAGCAUAAUCUUUAUCUUAAACAGUAAAAUUGCCGUUGUCUUCGAAACUGAAAUGUUAAAUUGAAUUGCGAAUGAAGAAUCAUUGCAAAGAGUCGGUAGGUUUUUCAUUUUAAUAGAGCCGCUCUGUGGUUAUGGCGGCCGGUGAUUUUGUUUACGCGAAGUUUUCUGAGAUCAAUGUUAUAAUUCGACCUUCUUGCUAUUUUUACCGUCAAGUGUAAUGAUUCUGUUAGCUUUUCUUUCUUGUCUCCUUGUUCUUUUUCUUCGUUAAGGACCAAACAGCUUCUUUUCAAUUAAAGCAAAUCAUUGUGUUUUUGAACUAAGUGUUCCGUGUGUGUGUGUUUAUUUCAUUUCGUGAUUGCGACCGAGUUUGAUUGUAGAAUACAACCAGUUCAGAGUUGUACGGCAUGCAGUUGAUAGUUUGAACGUUAAACAUGAAUUACGAUCGAAAAAAAUAAAGUAGUUCUGUAUCAUGCAGACAUUUCCAAACAAUAUUUCUCGGUUUGCCACUUGAAAGUCGUGUUUUACUUUUUGCAUGAAUUAAAGCAAAGGUCAAGGAAUAGUGAUGUCACUGGACGGCAUUAACGGCCGGUCGAUUCAGACGUUACUGAGAGAGUAAUAACGACUCGAAGUAAUCGGAUGAAAUUCAGGCUACAAAACGUGAAGAAGUAACAAAGCAAGGUUUCUGUAAAAUACUCUGAAGAAAACUCCAUCCUCGGGGAAGUCACUUAUUAGAAUUUAUUCACUCGGGUGGGUGGGGUGGGGGUGAGCGCUUAUUUGAGUUUGAUUGGGAGGAGGAGGGGGUGGGCGCUUAUUUGAGGCUCGGCGCUUAUUAACUUUUUCUGCCUUUAGGAUGGGCGCUUAUUUGAGGUUGGGCGCUUAUUCGAAUAAAUACGGUAUGUGAGUUAGGUGGGGUGGGGGGCUUGUGCCAGUAUUGCAAGAUUGCUAAAGAAUCAAUUUUCAGAUAUUUCAUUUCUGUUCUCAUGACAAAUCCAAAGAGUCUGAGAUCAAAACAUCUUAGAGCUCCCCCGCCCCCCCACUCCCCCCCAAGAAAUGCACCCUUAGUUGACUUAUCAAUUUUUUGUAGAUUAAAAGUGACUGGUCUUUUCAAAAGCAACUUUACCUUUUGUCUGUGUCAACAGUCGUAACAAUGGCUAUGCAAUAUCUACCCCUACAGUUGAUCAAUACAGAGGGGAUGGAAUAGGUGUGUAAACCAGUAUUGUUUAUAAAAGUUAAAAGUCAUCACACAACAGUAUUUCAGUGAAUUCCCAGCUGAGAUUGACCACAUCAUUUCACAUCAUCCUUCACAAGGAUCUGAAAUUGCCGUAUUUCUAAUCAUUAAUUGGCUGAAGAUCAAGUUAAUCCUGUGUUUUGAUUGCCUAACCAAGCAAGCAAAGGAGGCCUAUCCUGCCUGCUUUAUUUCUGCUGUAAUUGUUUUCUUUUAGCUGCAUACAGUUGACUCUCUCUUAACCAACACCUCUCUAAGACGGACAUCUCUAUAAAACAGACACCUAGAGUUGGUCACUACCGUUCUUUACCCUCUUUAUUUGACUCUGUAUAAGACAGACAUCUCCGUCUUAGAAAGAGUUGACUGUAUUUAGAAUAAAUCCAUUAUUGACCAGGCUUGUUGAUGGAGGUGGCUAGAAAUUGGUGACUUUGCCAUAGUAUAAGCAAGAACGUAGGCAUUUUCAAGCUAUCUUGACCUCACACUUGGUCAUCUUGCAUUUUUUUUUUCAGCUGGGCGAGGCCAGGGCUAUGGGAUGAUGGCAAUUCGCGUGGAUGGCAAUGAUGUCUUUGCAGUUUAUAACGUAACAAAAGCAGCACGUGAUAUCGCAGUUAAUCAACAAAGACCUGUUUUGAUUGAAGCCAUGACUUACAGGUUAGACAGAGAAGUAUAUUGUUCUCUUGAAAAAAAAAUUAUACUUUGAUCUCCUCCGUGCUGUGAAAUUCCAGUAUGGAUGAUGUUAGAAUCAGAAAGUAUGUUUAUUUUGUGGACUGCACUCAUAAUGAGGAUGGUGUUUUUCAAGAAAAAUGCAUAGGUUUUCCCACUUUUAAUUCCUUAACCUAGGACAUCUAAAAUCUCAACCCUAGUAAUUAUUUUCUACUAAAAUUUCUCUUACAGUGUAUUACCGAUGAUGAGUUUUGCAACAGGUUUUGUACAAAGUAACAUACUUUUCCAGACCCAAAUUCUCUUAAUCUCCAUUGCCAGUGAUGCAAGCUUACUGCCCACUUUUUUUUUCUAUUAAUAGUUGAGAAUAAUAUUCGUAUUUGCCCUGAGUUGUUUCAGUUGGAGUGCUAACAGUUAAUUCUUCAGGGCCUGGUUACACAGAACAGCCUAACAUUAAGUGCAAAUUUUUUAUUAACUGACAGAGGCACCCAAUGACUUUUUUUGGUAAAAUAACUGUUCUAAGGAGCAAAUAUUGCCUAAAAUUUUCCAAAUCUGAACAAAGACUAAAAAUUUCUGGAUAAUCACUCUACUCGCUAAGAUGUUUGGAGUUUUUCUAGUAACUUACCUGCGAUUUUCAGAGGUUGUGUUUUUUCGUAUUUUAUAACCAAGAUAUCGCUAUUUUUGUAAAAAAAAAUAAGGUCUCUUGAAAAUUCUGUUAGAAAAAACAUCACCUAGGCUACACCAUGUCCUCAAACUUUUGACCAGGCCCAUCAGGGUGGCUAACAAUUUUGGAUGAAUCGAAAAAAUUAAGCCACCUAAAACUUCUGAGAUGAUCAUAGUUCCCCUAAGAUAUCCAAACAGAUAAACAGUUUUCAGGGCAGCUCCAAAUUAACCAAUCAGACUUCUUAAGCAUGGAGAAAACCAUCCGAAACAAUUCUGACAUAAUUGGGAACAUCAUUUUGGUAGUUGGGUGCAACGAAACUGUUCCCUGAGUUGUGAAGGAUUUUCUCUUGCUCCUUUUCAUUUCCCUACUCUUGUUAUCUGCCUUUGGCCAAGUAAUCAAUAAUACCAUCCAUUAUAACUUUCUUACCCUCCUUUUUGACAGAAUUGGUCAUCAUAGCACUAGUGAUGAUUCUUCAGUUUAUCGCUCUUUGAAAGAAGUUAAUUACUGGGACAAGGAAGACCAUCCUAUUGGAAGGCUCAGGUUUGUAAACGGUACCUUGAAAUUUCCAUUACCAGGAUUUGUACUACUUUUUUUUUUCUCUGAGAGUAGCUUCCCUGAUUGACUUUCUAACCCUUUAACCCCCAAUAUCUGCCGACAAAUUCUCCCAACUGAUCUCUGUGCAUUUUCUUUCAGAAUUAUUUGGGAGUAGUUGAUAAAUCAAAUCGUUUUUUUCUUAGUGAGUUGUGGCUCAAUAAAUUUAUUUAUCCUUGCUUUAAUUUUUUCUUCAUGUUCCAUAACUAUCUUGGCAUUCAUUUUAUCCAGAAAAACCUUGGAAAAAUAAUUAUAAAGAGAAAGUCUAUAAAAGAUGCAUGACAGAUCUGAUGAUGUUGGUAUGAAUGAAUGAAUAGAAAUGAUUGCAAGCUAACUUUUACAGACAAAAAUAUAGUGUAAAAAACAACCUUAAAUUCCAUUUUUGAUGUAUGAUGCAUGCCCUUUAGAAAAAAAAUGAUGUCUUGGAAAGGCCUAAAAUUUUCUGGACUCAGGAACGGUAUUUUUAAAUUACCUAGAAAUUACAUGGAGAAAAAAGAAUGGUGGGAUAAGGAGAUGGAGGAAGAGUGGAAACGUGAUGCUCGUCAGCAAGUCAUGCAAGCAUUUUCAAGAGCUGAAAAAGCACUAAAGCCGCCUGUCAAGGACAUGUUUACUGAUGUCUAUGACACCCUACCAGCUCGCUUGAAAAAACAACAUGAGGAAUGCAUGGAACAUGUAGCAAAAUAUCCACAUGAGUAUCCCACUGAACUCUAUGCACAAGAUAAGUAAAUCAGGAUUGUUAUUUAUGAGAAGAAUGUCUGCUUUAGUAUCAUGCCUUGGCAAGAGAUUCAAUGACUAGAUUGUACAACAUCUACAACAGAAAAGAUCCAAGUGUACAACUGUUAGUCAAGGAGCACUAUUUUACCUCUAAGUACUACAAGAAAACAACAUAAUGUAAAAUUUCCAAGGACUGUUAACUUUGUGAGCAUCAAGUUCAAAGUUUAAUUUGCUGUAGGUAUAGCAAAUUUCAUUUACUCUUUGGUGCAAAGGUUUCUUAGGUAUUUAAGUUGUUACUGUGUAACUCCUAGUUUAAAAUAG